ACAGGCCGCUAGCCUCGAGCUUUUAUGGAGCAGUGACUUUUGUCUCAAAAACGCAAGCACACGUGCGUCUGGUGCCUGUAGAUCGCACCAGGGGCUGUGAAUCGCACCACUGCGGCCGCUCGACAGCUGUGCUGCAGUGAUGGCGCUGGUCCCCCGACAGCUGACCCGUGCCGAGCAGGAUGAACUCUAUGGCGUGGAAGCGUAUGACUAUGCGGGGCACGGCGGAGGAUUGUUUCAAAAACGGGGUGACGAAUUCAUCCGUGCGAUGCACGAUUGGCUGAGGGCGCAUCACGUGGACGACUUCGAUCGCCCGGGAUGGGGCGUUGGACCGCGUGGGUCCGGCCGGACCCUGCUUUGGUGGGCUACACUCGCCCCAUGGCCCCACCCUAAUCAUGACGGUCCCUCUGCUGAAUGCUGGCUACGGUUAGCCCGCGAUCUCAUCGCUCGUGGAGCAGACCCUAGCAACAGCUGCCAUGAGAUGGGCAUUACAGCCUUAAUGAAUGCGUGUGGCUGCCGAGGGUGGCGUGCCGCGCCCUCCAUGGAAAUGGUCUCUCUCCUAGUCGACGCUGGCGCUGAUGUUCGUGCAAAGGCUCGCGGCCCUCUGAUCAACUCUCAUAUCGUAAAUGGUGCCAGCUCCAUCACGCGUGAGAGUGGCUUGACGGCGUUAUCUUUUGUCCUCAGGCAGGAGGAGACAUAUUGGGACCCUUUGACGCAUAGCUAUAAGGAGCUCUCAACGCGCGACACAUUGAAGAUAGUCCACGUUUUACUGCGUGCCGGAGCGCCGCUGGAUGCGUGCUUUGGUGACAAGUCGGCUGAGGAAGUCCUGCGGGAACAGGAGAGAAAGCGGCCUGCGUACGCCGCCGACCCCCAUUUUGCCGAGCUCAAGCGCGUCUUCCGCGGCGUCCGCGCGGCCAAAGGGUCCUACGCGCGGUACGCCAAGAAGGAGAUCCUGGUCCUGCUCGCGCUCGUGCGAAAGGGCCGCGCCGCGACGACCUGGUUCUACGCGGGCGACCACCGCACGGCCUUCGACAUCCUCGCGAAGAGUCCCAACGAGAUCGUCUGGCACGUCCUGGCGUUUUCCUUUGGCAUUAGUGUCGGCUCGGCCGGCGCGGGCGGCUACUACGACUCGCGGCCUCGGACGCCCACCCUCAAUGUUGAGGAUUUCGACAACGACGCCCUCAGUAUCGAGGACGAGGGAGAAUUUGUGAUUGAGGAGUGAAUAGUGAUAAGAUUCGUAUG